UAACUCUAAUACAGAUACUUUAUCUACUAAUCGGCUCGAUCACUCUCGAUGACGUGUUUGAAUGUGUGCCACCAAUAUUCAUCAGUAUAACAUUCAGCUCUAAACUAUUGUUUAUAAUGUUAAAUAGCGAGAAAGUAAGUAAUAAAAAUUUUCAAACUUGCAUUAACACUUGACUUUUAUAUGAACAAAUGUUACAUUAGCAAGAAAUACGCAAGCAUGUGUUUAGGUAAAGACUUGUCUUAAUAUAAUACAAAAGGACUGGCAAUCAUUAAAUUCAGUAGAAAAGGUUAUUCUGGAACGGCAUAGUAAGUAUGGACAGCAUCUGGCGACAUUUUAUGCAGGUGUGUAUAAUUCCAAGAUUGUAAAAACUUAAAUAAAUAUUAUCUUGAACGCACACAUAUAAGUGUGUAUUCUAGAUCAUAUUCUCUUCAAUCUUACAGCAUUGUCAUUAAACUUUAUAAAAAAAUUGUAUAAAGAACAUGCUUAUCGCGAAAAAUUGAUCUUUUUAUUUUAUUAAACAUAUCAAUGAAUGUAUAAUGAUUUUAAAAUCUUGCGACGAAUAUCGUUUUCCCUAGUUUUAAUGCAUACGACGGCGAGCCUUUUCGUGGUGAAACCAAUCAUGCUGACCCUGAUGACGGAUGAUAUCAUUAAUAUAACAAAAUCUUCCAUUCCAUUCGAGUCGAGAUUACCCUUCCGCGUAGAAUAUGGCAGGAAAUUCAAUCAGUAUAUAUAUCCAAUAGCAGUGCAUAGUUAUGUGGCCGUAGUCGCUCAUUCGUUUGCCACAGUCGUGGCUGAUGCUUUGUAUUAUACCCUCAUUCAACAUGCUUGUGGAAUGUUCUCCAUUAUUGGAAAUGUAUUGGAAAACAUUGGAAAAAAUGACACAGACGAGUCAUUUGACACAAAAUCAGAUAAAAUUAAAGACGACAAUUAUUAUAAAACUUUACAUUGUUUACGUAGACAUCUCGGUGUAAUAGAGUACGUAUAAAGAAAUAUCAAGUAACGACCCCUGUUUUUGCCAUUGUGCGAUACUUCAUAUUAAUUAUAAUUAUUUAGUGUUCUCAUUUCGCAGAUUUGCGGAACAUAUUGAAUCUGUGUAUACAAAGAUAUUUCUGAUAAAUCUUAACUUUAACAUGAUUAUUGGCAGUUUAUAUGGUACAAGUACGUAUUAGUUUUUUUCUUUUUACGUUAUAAGUAUUUUUGGUAUAGAAUGGAAUGAAAUAAGAAUUUUCGCGAAGAUAAAAACAAAUUUGAGAAAAAUAAUACCAUUUUUAGCUUUCAUCGGCUUUAAUAAUCACUAUUCAAUAUUUCAAACAACUAUAGUGCGUUAGCCGAAAGAAGUGUGGAUAGUAAUUAUAAUAAAUAUGCAUUUUAGAUGCUGAUAAAUUUUGACAAGAAUGUGAAUGACAUCGUCGCACCUAUUAGUAUGUAUUUUGGACAACUCAUUCAUUUGUUUCUUCAUUUCUGGCAAGGUCAAUUUCUACUGGAUUACAGCAUCCUUCCAUACGAAUCUAUGUAAGAAUGCAAAUUUAUUCAAUUCAGUCUAAUUACCUCAUUUUUCUUUUUUUUUU